GUGCAGAAACGUCAAACAAAAAGAGCCAGAAAAGUCAAAAUCAAAUUAUUCCUCAAAAAUUUACACGCAUUUCGCUUGUGGAUUACGCAAAGUUGAUUGAAAUCGGUGGCAUUUUUCUGCAAAACCUAAGACAUUUGCAUUUUUGAAUACUUUUGAACGAAUAAACAACAAUGGCCACACAAUUCUUGAAUCGUAUCGGACAGCUCGGACUCGGCGUUGCGCUUGUUGGCGGAGUAGUGAAUUCGGCGUUAUAUAAUGUUGAUGGUGGUCACCGGGCUGUGAUCUUCGAUCGUUUUACCGGAGUCAAGCAACAGGUUUCCGGCGAAGGCACCCACUUCUUCGUGCCAUGGGUUCAACGACCAAUUAUUUUCGACAUUCGUUCACAGCCCAGGAACGUUCCGGUGGUAACUGGCAGUAAGGAUUUGCAGAACGUGAACAUCACGUUGCGUAUUCUGUUCCGACCAAUUCCCGAUCAACUGCCAAAGAUCUACACGAUUCUAGGCCAGGACUACGACGAGCGUGUAUUGCCAUCGAUUACAACGGAAGUGUUAAAGGCAGUGGUGGCCCAGUUCGACGCCGGUGAGUUGAUCACUCAGCGUGAGAUGGUUUCGCAGAAAGUCUCCGAUGAUCUGACCGAGCGUGCGGCCCAGUUCGGUGUCAUUCUGGAUGACAUUUCCAUCACACAUUUGACGUUCGGCAAGGAGUUCACGCAGGCCGUCGAAAUGAAACAGGUCGCCCAGCAGGAGGCCGAAAAAGCACGCUUCAUGGUCGAGAAAGCCGAACAAAUGAAAAAGGCUGCCAUCAUUUCGGCAGAGGGUGACGCCGAGGCUGCUGCCCUGCUGGCGAAAUCGUUCGGCGACAGCGGAGACGGCUUGGUGGAGUUGCGAAGAAUUGAAGCUGCGGAAGACAUUGCCUAUCAGAUGAGUCGGGCCCGAGGCGUGGUCUAUCUGCCGGCCGGACAAACGACACUGCUCCAGCUGCCGCAGUAAUUAAGGGUUAGCCGGUGAAGGGAAGAAGCAUUUUUAUUCCGUUUAAGUUUGUAGUUCAUAGAUGGAUCGGUUUAAGACCAUAUACUUUCGGCAGUACUAUUUUGUUUGGGGCGAAGCACCGAGACUGUGCUUGAAUGGUGUCAUGUCGUGAGUCAGCUCGGAAAUAAGUCAGCUUUAAUUGUACCCGAUUGAGAACUGUCGACGUUGAGAAGAAGCUGGCAUUUUUAUGUUGGAAUAUUUUUAGUAUCUUAUAAAAAAAAGCAGUAAUAAGUUUGGGCUCAUUUUGAAUAAUAGCGUUAAUACAGAUAUGUUGUUGUACAAUGUAUUUGGAGUUAAUAAAUUACCUAUAUUACAACUGAAUUAAA